AAGAACCUCCCUUGGCUCCAAAAUGGCAUCAGGAGAUACAAAGACAAGCGUCAAACAUGCCCACCUCUGUGCUGAGAGGCUGUCCGUGCAGGAGGAGGAGGGAGAUGCUGAGGACUACUGUACCCCUGGAGCCUUCGAGCUGGAGCGUCUCUUCUGGAAGGGCAGUCCCCAGUACACACACGUCAAUGAGGUCUGGCCUCGGCUCCACAUUGGUGAUGAGGCCACGGCGCUGGACCGCUAUGGGCUGCAGAAGGCGGGUUUCACGCACGUGCUGAACGCAGCGCACGGCCGCUGGAAUGUGGACACCGGGCCGGACUACUACCGAGACAUGGCCAUCGAGUACCACGGCGUCGAGGCCGACGACGUGCCCACCUUCGACCUCAGCAUCUUUUUCUACUCCGCUGCGGCCUUCAUCGACUCCGCACUCCGAGACGACCACAGUAAGAUCCUGGUUCACUGUGCCAUGGGCCGAAGUCGGUCAGCAACUCUGGUCCUGGCCUACCUGAUGAUCCACAAGAACAUGACUUUGGUGGACGCCAUUCAACAAGUGGCUAAGAACCGCUGUGUCCUGCCCAACCGGGGCUUCUUGAAGCAACUCCGAGAGCUGGACAAACAGCUGGUGAAGCAGCGGCGACAGACCGGGCCAGGGGACAGUGACCUAGGGCUAUAGGGAGCCUCUUCAGAGAGGAUCAGAGACCCUGGCACCCAGAGCGGAGGGCUGAAGCACGUCUGCAUGGAGGUUUUGAUGGGCGGGGAGAUGAGACAGUGAAACCGAAGGCUGGGCCAGCAGGGAGGAUGCCUGCUGUCUCCUCCAGUCUAGUUCUUUGCCUCAUGGUAGGCCAAGUCAGCUGCAGGGGGAACUGGGUAAGGAAAAGGUACCGCUCUCCACAGUCUCCUGUCUUUAACUUGGAAGCAAAAAAAGGUUUCCUUUGUUUGUUUGGGCUGUUUUGUUUUGUUUUAAUGUGUGGGUACUAUGUUGUGAGUAAAUGCUUGGCUCUGAAAGGGAAAAAAAAAACAUGUUAUUAUAAAAAGAU